CAAAGAACAAAUUGAAAUUGAUCUAAAUGAGAUAGUAGAAGUUGAAUCUGAUGGAACAAAUGAUUCCCCUGUUGCUUGUCCUAAGAAGCCUAACACCACUAAGGUCGAGAAAAAGAAGAAGGGCAAUGCAAGUGGGUCGCAAAACACUUCAAAAGGGCAAAAGCGAACAGCUGAUGAUGCUAUUAAUGCAAUUGAUCGCCUGGCAGAUGCAUCACUGAUCAUUGCUGAAUCAAAGAAAAAUGCAGCACAGCAAACAGAAGCUUACUCUGUGAAAGCAUGUAUGCAGAUAUUAAAUAGCAUGCCUGAUGUUGAACCAAACAAAAAAUUGAAAGCUGCACAAGCAUUUGAACAUGUUGAUAAAAGGGCUAUUUUCAUUGAGAUGGAUGAAGAGACUCGGUCUCUCUGGGUUGAAAAUGCGUAGUUUUUUACCUGUUGUAGCGUACUGUUUAGUUUUCUGAUUAGGUUGUAUUUGCAAUUUCCAUAAAUUCCUUCUGUAAUUUUGUGUUCAAACAAUCAAUAUGCAAAUUUAUAUAUUUAUUUGGUUCGUGCUACUAGUUAUAUAUGGUCUCAUAUAUAAAUCCCUCUUCAGAACUUGGAUUUAUAUUUGUGUGUGUGUGUGUUCUACAAAUACAUAAGCUUAAGAUAUAAGUGAGGGAAGUUGAUGGCAUACCUUUCCUUUUGGUUCAUUGGUUCAAACAGCAAUGAUGCAAUGUUGCUCUUUGCGUCAGUACAUAUCUCCAUGUUUUAUCAUCAACCUAGCGAGUAAAAUUUGUCACCGAAAUCAUUCAAUGUUCUCCUAUCACUCAUUCAAUGAUUCUUGUCCUACCAUUUAACUGAAAAUUUAUCAGCUCUAGAACAAUAGCAUUGUAGAAAUUCCGACAGUUAACCGAAGUUGCUACAUGAAAUUUUGCAGGGAAACCAUGGAAGAUAUGGCAGAUGGAGACUAUUCUGAUUCUGAGCAAAUGAUUAUUAAUGACCUUACUGCAAUGUCACUUUUGCAACAUGUGCUGUUCGGAAGGCUAUUCAAAACACCACGUAAUACCUCUAAAUUAACUGGUGCGCA